UUUAGAUAAUAAGGAAGAACGUAGUUAAACUUUGUAGACUAUAGUUCUUACAAUAACAUUGAAUUUUAAAAGUUUAAGUUGGACUGUUUAAAAUUAUAAUAUACUUUGGUUAUAUCCGUAUGUCACGCAGUAAUUAGAGCCAUGAAUUUUAUUUCAAACAUUUGGAAUAAUGGCAUCAAUUUAAAAAAUAGAGACGGUCGUGAAGGAGACGGGGAAAACGUAAAAGUAAAACAUAAAGGUGACGUUGUUGAAGGACCAAGCCCCGAGAUUGAUAAUUCUAAUCUUGAAGUUGGCAAUACACAAAAAAAUGAAACUGGAUUGACCACAGCACACUAUGAAAAUGUUAAUGCAAACUACGAUACUUCUGUUACCCAGCAGAAGAAAGAAGCUUCCCAGCUUCCCAAUGAGAGAUCAGACAAAAUCCAGACUGAUGACAGUAACAUUAAUUCUUUGGUAAUACAACAGGAUAGUUGUGUUUCAGCUGAUACCAAGCAAGAAAGCGAUGAAGGAAACACGAGAAAAAAUCUGAUAGAAUAUACCAAAGCUGUUGGUGUUGACGUAGAGGAGGUAUCCCAAAAGGCAAUUGAAUCAGCAAAAUUACUUGGAAAUUUUUUAUUUUCUGUGGCCAAUAAAGCAGGCAAAACUGUAACAGAAACAGCCAAACACUUGAAGCAUACUGUGGAAGAUAAGGUAAGU